AACAAAUACUUCAAGCUCAUCAUCACCUCCGUGACGAAAGUCACCUUUCCAUUUUGUUCUAAAAUUUGUGGCUAUCAUUCUCGUUUGGUGGAACUGCAAAAACCUAGUAUUAUCAACACUAUGGUCCAUGCGUAAAUGUUAUACCACUACUGUUUAUACUGAUGUAACGUCUCAGUAUUUUAUACUUUGAGAAGAACCUCGUAUUUCUCUACCCCUUUUCUACUAAUGAACUGACUUUUCCUUGUUUAUUGGAGCGACAAUGUGAAUUACAUUAUGUGAUAGACAUAUCACUGUGUACACAUUUUCCAAGGGGAAGCUAAUUUUUGAGUGGUCUAAUUUUUUUGUGGCUUCAUUUCUGCCAGAUUUCAGAUUAAAUUCUGAACAUAGCCUGAUUGGAUGUUGAUGGCUCUGGUUUCUUCUGAAGCCUUUUGGUCUAUAUAUUGGUAACUACUUUAGGGGUGCUUUGAUAUAGGCAAGUUAAGUUGUUGCUAAUUUUAAAGAUUCUAAAAAUGGGUGAAGUCUCAGAUCAAGUACCUCUUCUUUUGAAAAAAGAAGAUGAAUUUGAUCAUCUCAAUAAGACACCACUUUGGGUAUCAUUAACAAAGUUGAUUCUCAAAGUAAUAAUGUGGGUGAUCUUCAUUGCAUGGGCAACUUUUAUUUUCUUCUCACCUACAAAAUUCACUAAUCAACUGCAAGGGAAAAUUAUUCGAGCCACCCGAGGAACUAUUUUUGGGACAUCAGGCAGCAUAUUCUUGAUAUUCAGUUUCCCAAUUUUCGUGAUUGCGUUUCUUGCAAUUAUUCGUCUCGCUCUCUCUGAUGAAGAUGAACCUCAAGUGAAGAGAACUCCGAAAGGUCCAAAUUUUAGGUUAUGGACAUUCCCAGUUUUGGUGGAUGGACCAUUCGGUGUUGUUACAGCUGCAGAAAUGAUUGGAGUUAUACUCUUCUCAGUGUACAUAGUUUGGGCUAUAAUUAUGUACACUAUACAGGAUGUUGACCUCUUAUCUUUGUUUCACGUACACAGCAUGAAAGAAAAAAGUGCUGUGUUUCUGGAGCUAACGGGCCUUCGCUUUGGAUUUAUUGGGUUAAUCUGCUUAGCAUUUUUGUUUCUACCUGUUGCACGGGGUUCAGUUCUUCUUCGAGCUAUAGAUAUCCCUUUUGAACAUGCCACUAGAUAUCAUGUUUGGCUGGGACAUCUUACUAUGGCUCUUUUUACUCUUCAUGGUCUGUUCUUUGUGAUUGGCUGGGCAAUGCAAGGGCGACUUGUGGAAGAACUAAUCGAUUGGAAAAACAUAGGAGUAGCCAAUCUUCCAGGAGUUAUCAGCCUUGCAGCUGGUUUACUGAUGUGGGUAACUUCGCUUCCUGGAGUAAGGAGAAAAAACUUUGAAUUGUUCUUUUAUACACACCAAUUGUAUGUGGUGUUUGUGGUGUUCCUAGCCUUGCAUGUUGGUGAUUUCAUCUUCAUGAUAGCUGGUGCUGGGAUCUUCCUGUUCAUGCUUGAUCGGUUCCUUAGAUUCUUCCAGUCACGAAAGACUGUUGACAUACUUUCAGCCACAUGCUUUCCUUGUGGAACCGUUGAACUCGUUAUUUCAAAACCUGCAAAUUUACAUUACAACGCCCUUGGCUGGAUAUUCUUACAAAUACGUCAGUUGUCCUGGCUGCAGUGGCACCCUUUCAGUGUCUCUUCUAGUCCUUUUGACGGGAAACAUCAUGUUGCGAUUCUCAUAAAGGUUCUUGGAGAUUGGACUGAGAAAUUGAAGGGAAACAUCUUGAAUCGUUCUUUAGAACAAUCUGAGAACGACCCCCUUUUGCAGCAUAAAAGAAAAAUAACAGCUUCUGUUGAAGGUCCUUAUGGCCAUGAAUCACCAUACCACUUAACGUAUGAAAAUCUCAUUUUGGUAGCAGGUGGAAUUGGAAUUUCCCCCUUCCUAGCUAUCUUGAGUGAUAUCCUCCACCGUAUCAAUGAUAGAAAACCUUGCCUGCCAAGAAAUAUACUAAUAGUAUGGGCGAUUAAAAAUUCGGGUGAGCUUCCACUUCUGGAUACAGUUGACAUGGAGGCAAUCUGUCCACUUUUCUCUGAUAAACUGAAUCUCGAGAUUCAAACAUUCGUGACUCGGGAAUCACAACCUUCAUUGGAGGAGGGUAAAACACCUAAAGCAAUGCACACCACAAUCUCCCCUGGCUUCAAGGGAUGUCGAAUGUCUAGUUUGGUUGGUACUGGAAAUGUUGUAUGGUCUGGAUUAUAUGUCAUGGUAUCCACAAUAGGGUUGGUGAUCACUGUAGCAUUGCUGGACAUUUUCUACAUAAUUCCAUUUAAUGUAAAUUACUGGUGGUACAAGGGGCUUUUGUUGAUUGGAUGUAUGGCUGCAAGCAUUCUUAUAUUUGGGGGUCUUGUGAUCGCUUUAUGGCAUCUUUGGGAAAGGAAAACCUCAUCGAAGGAGGAACCAGGGGAGGACGCCUCCAAAAAAGUUGAUAUCCUGCGGCAGAACGAGCAGAAGAAUUUUGGAGAGUCUCGAUUAGUCAAUAAUAUUCGAUAUGGUCAAAGACCGGAUUUCCAAGAGAUAUUUGGAUCGCACGCAAAAAGUUGGGGAAGUGUCGAUAUAGGUGUGAUUGUGUGUGGUCCUCCUACUCUUCAGUCCAGUGUUGCUAAAGAGUGUAGAAGGCAGAACUUGCAGAGAGGCCAUCAGGCUAUCUUCCAUUUCAACAGCCACAGUUUUGACCUCUAGAUCACCCCAAUACGAAUGGACGGAGCUAGGAUUCAUCGAAAAAUUACACCUUAUAAAGGAAGUUAAAAUAUUUUUUUAUGUAUAUACAAUGGAUGUCAGAUCCCCUUAGUUUCUUCGUAUGUGUAUUUCUUUAUAUUUUGAAUUCUCUUACUGAAAAAUCUGGCUCCGCCAAUGCCAGUAAGCAUCUGAUAGCUCGUAUAAGGAGUACUUUUUACUGCUCUAAUGGGAUCAUAUCAGCUAGUUUAUCGCUGAUCCUUGUAGCAUGUAUCUGUGCUUUAUGUUAUCUGUAGUAAGCAUCAUGUACAUUUUCAAUCGUCGUAAAUGCAGCUUUAACAUUAUAUAUCUAUAACAAUAUUACCUA